AUGAAUGAAGCCUUGGAGAUUGGUCGUCUUAUGUGCAAACCACCGGCACCCAGUAAUUUCACUCUGCCAGACGAUUUACGUGAUAAAUUAUAUUGUCAAGCAUUCAAAAUCGUUGUUCCAUUACAUGUAGCCGUCUUCGUCAAUACGGCCUUCUUACUUCUUAUCUUUAUGGCAGCAGCAGGUAAUGCAGCUGUUAUGUGGAUAAUAGCCAGACACAAAACAAUGAGAAAUGGCUUUAACUUCUUCUUAUUCAAUAUGGCUUUCGCUGACUUGAUGAUUGCUGUACUCAACGUUGGCACCUCAUGGACAUUCAAUCUCUACUAUGAUUGGUGGUAUGGCAGUUUAUGCACUCCGACUUCCUUUUUCGGAAUCGCUCCAACUUCCGUAUCUGUUUUUUCAAUGAUGGCACUCAGUUGGGAUAGAAUGAAAGCUGUUAUCCAUCCAUUACCGAACAGUACUUUUAGCCGAAAACAGGCAAUUAUCGUUAUUUCAAUUAUAUGGAUUGUUAGUACAUUAACAGCUCUGCCAAAUACCAUUUUCGCUACUGUUAAGGAGUUUUGGUUCUAUAAUCCUCGUUUCGAUUCAAUCGAGAUUACUCAUUCGUGCACUUCGGAAUUGGAUCAUAAUCAUAACAAAGUGAUAAACUAUAUAUUAUUUGUUACUCAAUAUGCUGUCCCAUUAACUGUCAUCGUUUACAUCUUCGGUCGCAUCUACUACGAGCUGUACAUCAGUGCUGAAGCAGCACUGAAGGAAUGCAAAGGAGCAUCAGCUAACCGUGCAAAGGCGGUCAAGAUGUUAGCUGUGAUGGUUGGAGCAUUUGGUUUCAGCUGGUUACCAUAUCAUAUGUAUCAUACAUUUGAAUUAAGUGAAUAUUUUCCGCAAUCGGAUGAUACAUCCGAAUAUACAUAUUUGGCUAUAUACUGGAUAGCAAUGAGUACAACUGUUUAUAAUCCAAUCAUCUAUUGUCUUGUCAAUGAACGAUUCCGUCUGGGAUUCCGAUAUGUCUUCCGAUGGUUACCGUUUGUUCAUUGUUCACGAGGAGAAUACGAAUAUUCUCAGCUUUUCCCUGAACGCAUGAGAAGUAUGGAAAUUUCGUUGCAACUUAGUGGACGACAAGGACGAAGAGUCUCAUCCAACUGCCAAUACUUGACUGCCAGUCAGAAAGCUUACUUGAGUAAAGUUCCAAUGAAUUAUCAACACAUUGAUUAUCAACGAAGCCGCAAGACCUAUAGGAAUGAUCUUUAA